AUGGUAGAGUUUGCCAUUAACAACUCGGUGCAUGCGUCCACGACACAUACACCGUUUUACGUGAAUGGCUUGCGCCAUCCGCGUGUACCCACCUUACUCGAGUGUAACUCUGGUUUAAGGGGGGGAGGGACUCGCGCGAGCAAAAACCGAUUUGGUUCACGCUCAUCACGCUCUGACGAAGAAGUCAUUGCGUUUGAUGCCGAUAUCGAUAACAUCGGUAUCGAAGAAGAUGAUGCCAGUGAGAGCGCGGAAGCCCUCACUGAAGAAAAGAUUAAUGUUGCUGCAGUGCGCUCACAGCGCACUGAAGCUAACGAGUCAUCAGAUGAGUUCAUACUGGCUCGUGGAACGGUAGUCCGUUUUGCGCAAGAUUCCAUUGCCGAAGCGGUGGAUACGAAAAAGCAAAAAGCAGACAAUAAUUGA